AUGGGAGAGGGGAGGGAGGACGGCAGGCGCCGGAGCCCUGAAGGGCACGACAGAGAGAGGGAUGGCAGGCGCCGCGACGAGAGGGAGAGAGACGACCGCGGCAGCCGACGCAGGCAGCUCGUGAGCUACGCGGACCUGGACUACGACGAGCGCGGGGCAUCGCGGGAGUGGCGCCGCAGCCGGAGCCGCAGCCGGGACCGCGAGCGCCGCAGGGACGACCGCGACGGGGAUCACCGCAGGCGCGGCACGCCUCCUCGCCGCGGCGGCACGCGGCACAGCCCCGAGCGGUACCGUCGCCGGAGCCGCAGCGACGACCGCUAUCGGCGCAGCCGUAGCUCGAGCCGCGAGCGCCACCGCAGGCGCAGCCACCACCGGCGGAGUCCCAGCUACGACGCGGCGCCACGCCGCCGGCGCAGCUGGUCGCGCAGCCCGUCGCGCGGGCGCCGGCGCCACAGCGACGGUCCGGACUGGACGUGCUGCGCGUGCACGCAGGACAACUACGACAGGAGCGACGUGUGCCGCAAGUGCGAGGCGCCCCGCGCCGCCGCGGCCCGCGAACCAGGCAGCGCGGCGCAGCCGUCGAACCGCGUGUACAUGUGGCGUCUCCCGCGGCAGGCCGGCGACGCCCAGAUCGAGUCGGCGGUGCGCACGAGCCUCCCCGCCGAGUGCCGCGCUGCGCUGGAGCGCGUGCGCGUCGUGCGGGACCGCGCCGAGGAAUCGCGCGGAUACGGCUACUUGGAGUUCGAGAGCAUCGACGCUGCGAUCAAGGCGAUCGAAACGCACAAGAUGGAGCCCCUGCGCGUCAACGAGGCCACGCUGGCGAUGGACUACGCCGUACCGAUCGCGUACGCCCCGGCGCCCACGGACGCGCGGUCCGGCGGCGCGGCGGCGUACUCGGACUGGAUGUGCACGCGCUGCCAGUGCAACAACUUCGCGCGCAGGGACGCCUGCUUCCGGUGCGGGGCGCCGCGGUCCGGCGAGCCGGUCCCCGACAACGUCGACAGCUCCCUGAUGAACGAGCCGUCGCACGUCGUGCGCGCCACGGGCCUGGCGGCGGAGACCGGGGAGGUGGUGCUUCUGCAGUGGAUGCGGCCGUACGGCGUCGUGGACGUGCGCGUGAUCUGCGACAAGUUCACGGGCCGCCCGCGCGGGUUCGCGUACUGCGAGUUCGGGUCCGUCGCGGAGGCCACGCGCGCCAUCAACGGCCUGCAGGGCGCAGUGCCGCCGACGCAGGCGACGCCGGUCAGGCUGCACUUCGCGCGCGGGAAGGAGGCGGGCGUCGGCGGGGACGCCGCUCCUGCGGCGGCGGCGCCGCGGGCGCACGGUGCGGCCGGCGAGGCGGCGUCGGGGUGGCAGCCGCUGCAGUUCGACGAGAGCGCGGCCCUGGGCGCGGCGGACGCGGGCGGGGCGGCGGACAAGGCGGAGAAGCUGGAGGACGACGCGGACGUGCCCGGGAUGACGUUUGACGCGGCGUCGGGGUACUACCACGACCACACCACCGGCAUGCUAUACGAUAAGAAGUCCCAGUGCUACUUCCACGCGGAGCAGGCGCGGUGGAUGCGCUACAACCCCACGACGACGAGGUACGAGUGGGCGGACACGGGGGAGGCCGUGGAGGCGGGCGGCGGCGCGCAGGCGGCGGCGGGCGCGCAGGCGGCGCCGAAGAAGUCGGGCGCCGUCAUUGGCCGCGGUGCGCAGCUGGACGCUGGGGCGUUGCUGCUGCACGCCGGGAUGGGCGAGCGGCGCACGGGGGGCAAGGAGAAGGACAAGGACAAGGCCGCGGGCGCGGGUCACCGCGCAGAUGGGUCCUUUGCAGGGCAGGCGGGGCGCGCGCAGGGGCUGGGGUACGCGCGAGGGGAGGAGGCGGGGCAGGCGGCGCAGGGGGAGCAGAACAAGAAGACUGUUGCUGGCGGCGUGGUGCGCAUGGGGCGGCUGCGGGGCUGA